AUGCCGUUCCUUUGGUUGACCUUCCACCAUAACCACUUGGCUCGGGUUCGUUUUAAAGGAGGCUGCAUUUUCAAUGCUAUUUAUUCCAAUCGGUUUUGUGUUACCCUCUUUCUGUUCAACCUACCCAAACUAGGUGAGAAACUUCCCAACUGGUCUGAGGAUAUGGACGCUCGCUUGAACGCCGCUAUGGACAAUGCCUGGCGUCGUGGCUUUGUCGGUGGGGGCGAUCAAGUAGUCAUUGUGACCGGGUGGAGAGCCGGUACGGGUGCGACAAAUACCGUUCGCGUGCUUCAACUGCCGUCGGAUCGCCGGCGCCUCUCCAUUGUCAACUCUCAGGCCCAUCUUCGGAAUGUCGAUUGGUUCGACUGAUGCACUGCGACAAUCCGUCCUCCGCUUUCCUAGCUCCUGUCCUUUUUCAAGGCCAGCUGCAUUUUUUUAUAUCCGCGCGUUAUUAUGUACUGCUUUGUGUUUUGCACCCUCCACUUUUAUCCUCUUUAAUUCCGUUUACUAGUCUUCUCUCUUUCUCGCGUGCCCCAAAGAUAAUUGCGCUUUCGUCGAGCCAUCCGGGACGAAUACCUGCUUGCGUCAUCAUUUUAUACCGUCCUGCGUACGUAAACCGUUUUAGACGCAGUUAGGACUGUCGGAUGUGUACAGUUCUCUCCAUCACACAACUGACUAGCAUUGUACUUUUUCUGUCUCGUGUGCGCAAGUCAAACUCAAGCUAUCACUUCAUUGCGAACUCCGACUGUUGAUUUAAUCUGAUGGCCUAUACACACAAACAAAC